AUGAGUGGUUUCGGUGAGAGAGAAGAGGCUCUGGUCAGAAGCUCAUGGGAUCAAUUAAUGCAAAACAUUCCCCAUUACAGUAUUCGUUUCUUCACCUCGAUAGUGGAAAUUGCACCUGUAGCCAAAGACAUGUUCUCCUUUUUGAGAGAUUCAGAUGAAAUUCCCCAGAAUAAUCCUCUGCUGCAGGCUCAUGCUGCGAAGGUUUUCAAGAUGACUUAUGAAUCAGCAACUCAACUUCGAGAGAAAGGAGAGGUGGUGAUAGAAGAUACUACCUUGAAGCAUUUGGGUUUUGUCCAUGUCAAGAAAGGAGUCCUUGAGCCCCACUUUGAGGUGCUUAAAGGUGCAUUGCUAAAAACUAUCAAGGAAGCCACGAGAGAAAAAUGGAGUGAGGACAUGAAUAAUGCUUGGGGUACGGCAUAUGAUGAGCUGGCGACUGCGAUAAAAAAGGAGAUGACUUUCAACGUUGAGGGAGUCGAAUUUCUCUUACAGCCCGAAAUUUAA